AUGGGGGAGUGGCGGCAGCGGGGGGAGGAGGGGGGGGCGGAGGAGACGGAGAUGAACGGAGCGGAGGAGGAAUGGACGGAGGUAAGGGAGGCGGCCACCCGGGAGACGGAGCUGCGGCGGCGGCAGCAGAGGCUGUAUCGGGAAGGGGAGCAGCAGCAACAACAAAGGCAGCAAAGCAGGAGCGUGCUGGCCUCUUCUUCUUCCCCCCUGUUGGAGGUCAGCCUGGAUAGGUCGGUCAUGCCAGAGCCCGUUGUGCCCCCGGUGAUGUGGGGGACAACCACCGCUGCUUUCCUCGGCGUGGUCGCGGUGACCGCUCGGAUCCCUCGCUUGCUCGGAGCCGUCGGCAAGAGCAGCACGGUAACCGUGGGCAACACGCUGGGCCCGGUUGCGACGCCCGCCGCCGGCGUCGCCGGCAAGCUCGCGUCCGCCUUCCCGGGACUCCGCUACGGCGCGCGCGUAUGGGCCGGUUCCCUGGGGUCCUGGGCGUCCCGGCGUUCCCAGCAGUGGGCAGAGGCGUUCGGGCCGGAGGCGGUGGUGCUGCCGGCGAACGACUGGUCCGUCUGCACGCUGCUGGAGAAAGUCAGGGAGGGGGACGGGGGCUUGUACCGGUACCGUUUCGGCUUGCCGAGCUCGCCUGACGCGGUCCUGCCGCUCGAGCUCGGACAGGAGCUGACGUUGUGCGGGCUGGAUGCCUCCAACCAGGUGGUGCAGGGCAACUACGUGCCUCUCACACCCCGCAAGCAGCGGGGAGCCUUCGAGGUCGUCGUGAUGAAGGCGACGGACGGGGCCGAGCUGGACGACGGCCUGCCGACCACCCGAAGCAACCGAGAGUUCUCCCGCUUCCUCGACAACCUGCCCCUCGGAGACGAGAUAGCGGUGAAGCCGGGGCGCGCGGGGCUGGUGUACGGGGGGGCUAACCAGCCGAUAACGGACCUCGUCCUCGUCGCCAAUGGGGUGGGCGUCGUGCCGAUGAUCCAGAUGGUGAACGAGCUCUUGCCUUCCUCGUCGUCUUCGGUGGCUUCCGCGUCCGUGGUCUGGCUCAACGAGAAGGCCGAGGACUUCGCCCUCUACUCGGAGCUGGAAAAGGCCUUCUUCCGGAACCACCGCAAGCUGGACGUGAGCUGCAUCGUCGAGAGGGACCUGUUCGGGAGCCACCUCGAGGCCAACGCUAACGUUAACGCGGCCUCUCCCGAGUUUAAGAUCGGCACCCUAGCCGCGGUGGCAGGGCCAGAUUUCUUCACGCGAAAGGUGACCGACUACCUGGUCCGAAGGGGCUACCCCGAAGAUGCCAUCAUCGGCCUCUAACCAUCUCCGCAGCUCGAUUCCCGCGGGGAGCGAGCGGCCUGGGGUCGAAUGGUGACGCUUUGGAGCUGCUGUGUGUAAGAGUAGCUGGCCGCUGCGUCCCCGCUGCUACUGCCUGUUCCUGUGUGUGGGAGGCAUUUCUUGGUUCUGAGAAGUGUCGCAAGCAGUGUGCCCGUGCACCCGUCUCUCCGGUGCUUGCACUAUACGCUAUUUCACAUGUUAUGCUAUAUCACAUGUUAUAACCUGUGGAUAGUUAGUGGAGGGAGGGUGCACCAGAGAAAGACAUUGGUUAUCACACAUUGGCCAACUUCACUGUUUUUUCCGGAAAUCUCGGUGUUUUUGUUUUAUCGUUCGUUUGUUUCACUUCACCUCGCUUGAAUGACUUGACACGAAAUCACGGUGCUGUAGGUACGGGGAAUGCGUAUUACUUGACCUCCUUCGAGGAUUUACUUGACUACGUCUGAUACACAUUUACCUACGACAGGCAAGUCACAGCGUUCAGAAUAGAUACAGAGCACGGGAUCAUUUCAUUUUCUGGAGUGAUGGGAUUCAAAGUAGCCAGUAAAUUAAAUAGCAGCGAGGUGGGCGCGAGAACCAAAGCCAACAGUUUGGUUCGUAUAUAUAGCUGGUAUGUUUUCUAUAUUCUAGACAAACCAAUCGCCAAAGGGUGGCGGCGAUGACUCAAACGUAGUUGGCGCAACGAACACCACGUUUUUUCGCGUUUUUUCUUUAUUCGUGUUUUUGUCGAUGGUGAAAUUGGGUUGAGAUGUCAUUGGAUGUUGAUCAAUGAUAGUUGGUUGGCAUCCUGUCCGCAUAUUAUUUUUGUCACAAUUAGUGAUGCUACAUCGCUUUUGCUUUACUUUUAUCUCUAUUUUGUACUAGGAGAUGCGGAUGGUUGCUGGUGCGCUGUUGCUCUCCCUGUAGCUAAGGGGGGAUAAGAAAAGUUGAAAAAAAGGGAGUUUUAAGGGGUUCGCCCAGGUUUACGGACAAUGUGUGGAGUCUCUCUCUCAAGGUAGAAAAAGUGUAUGUGGCACCACCUACAACGGAAAGAAACUUGCCCUUUCAUUUCCCCACAGAAUGUAUCUCAAGAAGUCUAUGGUUCGAUCCGUUUUCCCUUGAUUGUCGUUCGGUGUUGUUGACCAUGGAGACCCGCAAUGGAUUUUGCCAGCUGUAGAGACAAUCGAACGGAAGGUUGGGACAUUUUUUUCGACGUUCUUUGCAUUUUUCGGAAUGUUCGGGGGAACCAUCCUAAACAAUGAUGUGAUCGGAUGUAGAGUGUGUGUGUGAUUUCCUCCGACGAAAAUUCGGUGCGGGGGGUGAUGCGUUAGUCCUUCGACUAUUGGCUAACUAAAAAUCGACCAUU